CAAAUUUGAAAAAAUGUAAAUAAUGCUAACGCUGUAAAUGCAAAAUAAAUAAAGCAGUAAAACCGAAGUAAAACUGAUCCAUAAUGAAUAAAUUAUGCAGAAUAUGUUUAGAGGAAGGAAUCCUAUCAUCGAUAUUUACAAAAAGUUACAACCUGGCGCUGUGUGAAAUGAUAGAAUACUGCAGUAACGUUAAGAUAAGAAAGGAUGAUGGAUUGCCUGAACAAAUAUGCAGCAACUGUAUUUACAAGUUGGGAAUAUCCUACCACUUCAAACAAUCUUGUGAAAGUUCUGAUGUGCGCCUGAGACAGUAUUUAGGGCUCAGUAUUCCAUGCAAAGUGAGCCAUGCUAUGGUUAUGACUGAUCCCAUAGUCAUGACUCCACCAACAAUAGUAAAGAAAUGCAAAUGUCAACCAGUGCAGAAAAAAAGUUCUUCCAAUUACAAAAAGAAACCUGAUUCAGAGAAAUUAAAGAGAGGCCCAAAACCAAAACCCAAGAAAGAUUGUAUAUGUAAUCAAUGCAAUAAGGAGUUCCGAUGCCAAGCACAGUUAGAAAUGCAUAUGAGAACACAUACAGGGGACAAACCAUUUGCAUGCAGAUAUUGUCCUCGCAGAUUUUCGCAGAAGCACAAUCUGACAAUACAUCUGAGGGUACACACUGGAGAAAAGCCCUUCCAGUGUGAAGUGUGUAGUAAAAGAUUUACAGCUCAAGGAAAUUUGCAAGCUCAUAUAAAAAUCCACACUGGACAAAAGGAUCAUGUGUGUUCAUUGUGUAACAAAUCAUUCAUCACAUCCAGUGAACUAACAAGACACAUACAGAAACAUAGAGGAGUCAAGAAUUUCAAAUGUGAUAUUUGUCCAUUAGCAUAUGUUCAUCUCAGAGACCUGAAAUUACACAAAUUAAGAAAACAUCAAAUUCCUGAUACUUCCAAAGCACAGAAUGAAUACAAUCCUAACAAAAAUAUUGAUAUAAUUGGUUUAGAUGAAGGAAAAACUAUGACUUUGCCAGGGAAAGAAGAAAAUAAUUAUACCCACAAUAUAACAAGCAAUAAAAGUACACAAGAGCACCUGUUAAUAGGAAAUCAUUCAAUUUUCAAUCCUAAUCCAAAUAAGCUAAAUGAAUCAUACAUUUGCUCAAAUUGUGGUGAAAACUUUGAAUACAUGAGUGUAUUAGCACAGCAUUAUAUACAUCACCAUAAAUAGUCAAUGAAGCCUUAAAAAGCCAAUCUUAGGAACUCCUCAGAAACAGCUGUGAUUUUGAUGUUUUUUUUUUUUUAAUUUUUGCAUUUUAUACCUAUAUUAUUUAAAAUCAGAAGUGUUCUGAAGUGGGGAAAUUAUUUUUAAUAUUUUUUAAUCCAUAUGUAUGAUAUUUAUAUAUAUGACGUUCAGUAAAAUGUUACCUUCUCUUUGAGAGGUUGUAGAGGAGACCAAAUGCUAUCAAAUGACUUUAGGAGUGUAGUACUACAUAGAGAUUGUUGAUACGAGGUUAGUCAAAAUAAUAUGAUUUAAAUUAAGCUAAUUUAACUUAAUGUUUACUUUAUUUAUUUAUAACUUUCUGCCAUUAAACCUUUUCACAAAU